UUUCUUUUUUCCUCAAAAAUAUGUAAAUUCAGUGAUAAGAUUCGCCGCUUUGAAGAAAUAAUCACAGUACAGUUGAUAACUCGUUUCGUUCUGUUUGGGAAUGUGAUUCAAAAGUGUGAGUCCGCCGGAAUAAUUUUUGAUAAAAUGGUGUGUUAGCAGUAGAAUGUCAGUUAGUUUAAAUAUUCAUCUUGUUAACAUUGUUGUAAGAGAAUUGUAACCUAACAUGUCUGCUCGAUGUGCCUUGAACGAGUAUCCAGAGUUGCCUGAUGCAAUCGAAAGUAUUUCAACUCAAGAUGAAAAUUCCGACGAAGAAGCUGGUGAAGAAUUCAUAACACACCGGUCUAGUCCAACGACACAUCAACGAACUCCAAGUUCUGCUACUCAUUCACCGAUUCGGAAACCUCAAUCUGAAGAUACUCAAGAAACGAAUGGCGUAUCUGUGCUGUUCCUUUUUAUCAUGUUUUUGGCUCCAAUCUUGGCUACGAUUUCAUAUCGUAUGUACAAUCGAGAAACGGCCCCUGUUACCUCUAAAGCGGAAUGGAAAGAUAUAGUUACCAAAUUACAACCUCAUCUGAUGGAGAAGCGUAAUAAAUUUCCAUCUCAGAAAGAAGAUAUAUGGUUUCAAAUUUCGAGUGGUUUGAAAGGGUUAUCAAAUGAUCCAAAAAACCCAGCUGUAUACUUGUUAACUUACGAUGAAAAUUCAAUGCAUCCAUCUUCUUGUAUUGUGGAAGUUAUUACGACCGCAGCAAAUAGUUUUAUGCUGGAGAAAAACGGCUGGAGUUUCCUGAACGGUUCGUUGCUGACCGAUUCGCAAAUCAACGACCCCGGCGAAUUAAUCGAUAAGAUUGCCAACACGAUCGAAAAACAUAAAAUUAUGGUUGUCACCGAUGUACAACAUAUUCCUGCGAAGUUAGCUCAAGGAUUUCAUUUCUUGGUCGAUGAAUACAAUCCGGUGAUUAGAGAAGCUGUAUAUGUUCUCACGUUGAAGAUACCUUCGCAUUUGAAAAGCAGUAAACCCGUCGAAGCAGCUGAAAAUGCCUUGAAAGAGAGUUGGAAAGAGUUAAAGAAUGAUUUAUUAUUGCCUUUGAUUACUCGUGUGACUAAUCAAGUUUUGCCAGUUGUGGCUGAAAAUAGUGAGAUAAGUUGCCCGCUAAUUACUAGCGUUACUACUGAAAUUUUUAUAUGAGUUUUAAUUGUAUUUUUUGCCUUUUCCUCAGUAUAAGCAUGAUGAUGGUGUUCAUCUUAUUCCUGUAUUUUAGAAUUCUUUGCUCUAAGAACUUCUUUUAUUAUUGUUUUAAGCUUAUAAUUUUUUGUAUAUUAUACAAUUUUUUAAAUUUA